CUCAUUCUAAUAAUGUAUAAAUAAACUCUGCUUCCAUACAUGUAUUCGUAGAAACUUUUAUAGUAUGUGCAUUAUCCCUAUAACUUUAACGUGGUGAAAAGACUUCGAUGUUGAUAAAGGUAAGCACAAGCUUGCUUAAGCCAAUCAAAUCACAGUUCGUAAAGCUCAUGUGCUGUUACUCAUGCGAGAGGGGUCCAUUUUCUCCAUACUAAAGAUUAUAUCCCCAACUACCAACAUAACAAACCUUGAAACCUUCGUGAACUCAGGCAAUGGGGAAUUCUGCAACACCGAAGAACUGGCCUACAGUAAUCCCGUAUCUCUCGCAGCCUGCCUACGCACCUCACAUCACCAAGCCCCAGCGGCAACUCCUUAGCACCCGGCCACCCGAUCUCCAUGCCGAGAUCGUACGAGACCUCUCGCGAGGUCCUUCGGCUCUCGUGAGAAUCGUUCCCAUCCACGACCCCUCACACCCCGCAAAUGGCCAAGCAGGGCUAUUCGCCGCAAGGCAACUUGCCCCAGGCUCUCUCAUUCUGCCAUACUACGGUAUAGUGCACUCGUCUGCGCUGCCGCACAGCGCUGCCCAUGAGAAAUCAGACUACGAUCUCUGGCUGGAUCACGAGGGGGCGCUGGCGGUUGAUGCGGACAGGGCCGGCAACGAGGCCCGCUUCGUCAAUGACUACAGGGGCGUGAAGGAGCGGGCAAACAGCGAGUUUAAAGAGUGCUGGGAUCCAAGGAGGGGCGAAAGGUGUAUGGCCGUGUUCGUCCUGCCUGCGGGUAAGAACGCUGGGAAGAAGACUGGUGUGGGGAUUGCAAGGGGUGAAGAGAUUCUCGUUAGUUAUGGGAAGGGAUUCUGGAGUAAGAGGAGAGACGAGAGCCAAGAGGGUUAAGUAUUUGGAUCAAGCCUCAUAAUUUAACAUUGAAUUCAUUUGCCUCUUGCUUUUUAUCAAUUUCAUAUGGAGGAUAAAUAGAGCAAGCACGGCGGAGAUUGGAUCACUAAUAAUAAGGGGGACUACAAGAGAGGCUAUAUGUAUCUUUAAAUAUUCUAGGUGUUAGUUAACUGGUCCAUGCACAGUAUACAAUGGGUUUUAUACGCA